AGAUCACCCCAAAGACGGGCACUGCCCGGGCCUCCGCCUGUGGACCGCCGGGACAGCCCGAAGCAGCGCGACGGGAGCCCAGCCAUGCGCUGCGUCGUCGGGGCGCUCCUCGUUGCUUCGGCGGCAGCAGCUUAUUGCGAAGGCGUUAGCCAUGAGGUCAAUGGGACGUUGGUGAAAGAUCAUGGCCACGGCGGCCACGGCGAGCAUGAUGUGGCACUGGAAUCCAUGCUGCCGAUCAGCUGUGCGCUGAUCCUGGCCUUUGUCUUGUCUUCCUCCAUGGAAUCCUUCCACAUCACCUUCUUCCCAGAGUCCGGUGUGGUGAUCUUAAUCGGCUUGGGACUUGGCUUCAUCUUCAAAGCACUCCUGGGCGAGGUGGGUUUUGGCAGCGGAGAGUUGAUCCCCAGCAUCGGCCCGGCGGCGGUGAAGUCGGCCUUUCUGCCCAUCAUCAUCUUCGAGUCGGGAUGGUCCUUGAGAUGGAAGGACUUUGCCUCCCAGGUGGGCUACAUCCUGAUCUUUGCAGUGAUUGGCACUAUGAUCUCCAUGACCGUGGUCGGGCUCUUGAUCGUGGCCACCAGCGAGUACCACGGCGUCGCGGAGCUCCGCACGGCCUUCGCCUACGGCUCUCUGAUCGCGGCCACCGACCCGGUGGCCACGCUGGCGACCUAUGCCUCGUUGAAGGUGGACCCGGUGCUCAAUGUGAUGGUCUUCGGAGAAUCGAUGAUCAACGACGCGGUGGCCAUCGUGGUCUUUGAAAUCAUGAAUAGCGAUGAGGUCUUUGGAGAUCCUUGUGAUCACCAGACGGUGCAGAGUGUGCCUUUAGCGAUCCUCGCAGGCAUCGGGCAAAAGCUGGUGGUCUCCGUGCUGAGUGGCGCAGCAGCAGCCAUCGCUCUGACGCUGCUGCUGCGCUUCGCCAGCCUCAAACAUGCACAGCUCAUGGAGAUUCUGUACAUCAUGGCCUCGGCGUAUCUCAUGUACGGCCUGGCCGAAACGUUGCACGCCUCGGGGAUCAUUGCCACUUUGCUGGGGUCCAUGCUCAUGGGAAUCUACUCCAAGCCUCACUUGUCAAGUGAAGGGCUCAUGUUGGCCACCUUCUUCGUGAAAGGCAUGGCCACACUAGCAGACACCUUUACCUUCAUGAUCGUUGGCAUUGGCGCGGUGGCUGUGAGUACAGAGCCAAGAGCCUUCCAUUUCAGCUUGUGGGUGAUGCUCUUUUGCUUGGUAGGCCGCGCGGCCUGCAUUUUGUUCUGCGGCGGCCUAGCCAACCUGCUGAAGGUGGCCAUUGGCCGAAUGAAACGCCAGACGGACGAGUCGGAAUGGCUUCUGCUCUCUGGGCGGCAUCUCUUCAUGAUGUGGCAUGCUGGCUUGAGAGGCGCGAUUGCCUUGGUGCUCUGUUGGGAGCUGGGCCCAUGGGUCGAUGAGACGGAAGGCCAAGGCACCAAGGAGACCUUGGUCACCAGUACCUUGGUGGUGAUCUGCGUCUUUCUUCUGAUCUUCGGCGGCACCACGCAGUGUCUACUGAGUAGCUUGUCCAUCCGGAUGGGUGCCUCGGCCAUGCAGUCCUGACGGGGGCACCUUUUGAAGCACAAGACGUCAGGAUGUGAGAAAUGUCGACUAAAGAUACGACUAAGCCUUGUGAAAGGAUGUGAGUAACGGCAACCUUCUGCUAUGUUGCUUCCCUUGUGAUGUUUCGUUGAAUCAACUGCUCUUGCCGACAUCUCAUCUCUGACGCAGUCUGCAAUCUGAGAAUUGUUCAAGUGUUUGAUGCAACCUGUUCAUGCAUUCGCAGACACGCGUCUCAACUCGUAGUCCAUCAGAGCAGGGUCUCGUCAGCCUCGUGUCUGCCUCGGUGCCUCGGUCCGCCUCGGUGCCUCGGCCUGUCGCGGGUUCUCCUCGACCGCUUCGGUGUAGGAGAUGAGUUCCCAGAAGACUACUUGUCGGGUCACAUGAUGAACUGCAUCCGGAAUUGCGGCGGCACGGUGGAUCGGAAGAUCUUGUGGCCAUGUUUGGUGGGUGGGCCAGAGCACAAAGAUGAGUCCUUGCCAGAGAUCACACGCCAUGCGAUUCAUGAGCUCCUACAUGAGACAGGCCUGAGCCACCGCUCCCAGGCCUUCUACCGGAGGAGCUCCUCUUUGGCCUCGGAACUGGGCUGCUACGAGACCGAGGCCUCCGAGGAAAGCACCUGAAUGCGGCCAGGAAUCUAGGCUAAGACAUGGACCAUUAAACUUAAUUUGUAGGUUUGGCAUUGUGCCGACAUGUUUUGUGCUAUCUUUCAUUUGUUAAAGCUGCGGAAGAAUGCGGAAGCCAUUCUUGAAAGGUCAAACCAUGGCUCCCGGCUCGCAUGGUUAGUUCAGCCCAAAGCCUGGAUGCCUUUCUUUCGUCCCCACAAGACGGAAGAGACGGGGCGAGCUUAUCGUGGCUCGAAAGGUCACGUCGUACAAUACCUCAAGCGAUUCUCCAAAGAUGAGGAUCAGAACCCAAUCGUUGCGCUUGCCGUGUUUUUCUGAUGCACAAUGCCGUCGAA